GUCCAGCAACCUCUGUAACUUCGAUAUCCCUCUCUCUUUCGUGUUUAGGAUCAAUAGCUGAAGGAUAUUUGUCAGAAGAGUGCUCAAAUUUUUGUUCAAGGUAUCUUGAGGGUGUUGAGACUAGGUUGAAUAAGCCAAGGAGAAAUCCAGAAUUUUCGAACCUUGAAGCGGCUAAAUAUCUUUUUGAUAGUGCUGGAAAAACAGUAGGUAAAGUUGAUGCAUUUGAGUUAGAUGAUAUAACAUGGCAACAAGCCCACCGUUAUGUCUUGGAUCAUCAUGAAUCUAUUGAGCCAUUUCGCAAUGAAUAUUUGAGAGAAAUAAAAAGAAGGCGUAGACCAGUAAACUCAAAGUCCAUGAGCAAAAUAGGUUGCUGCAUGAACAGUUUCAUAAAUGGUUUAAUACUUAUAAAAAGGCCAAAGAAAUGCACACAGAGAGGUUAGCAACUAGCUCAUUAGAUGCAAUAUCCCUACAACAGGCAGUUAGGUCUGAAGUGAGGGGUAAGGAGGCUUAUGGUCGUGUUCGUGGCUUGGGUUUAGGGCCUACACCAACAAAGGUCUUUGGUGCUCAUACAUUUGCCUCUACAGCUGCUCAAAAUCAGGAAGUUAUUGAGUUGAAGGGUCAGGUGAUGUCAUUGAACUUAGAGAACAAGUGGCUUCUCUAGCUGCUCUAGUUAGGCAGUUGACUGCAAAUAUGAACCCUUAAACUUACCAGGUUGGUUCUUACCAUUCCUAUGAUUUAUCUGUUAACACUUGUUUGGUGCUUGUUUAGUGUUUAAUGGAAAAGAAUAUAGUUUUUGUAAAUUCUGACUCUGGUGGUCUUUAUCUGCUAUUGUCUUUUAAUUUUCAUUGCACAAUAAAAUAAAUUUUGAUUAGUAUAAGCUUCUAAAUUUUGGUGGGUGAAGAUUCUAUUUCUACGUUGUUUUGCUUUUUGGUUUGAUUAUAAUAGUAGUUUAGUCAUUGUCUAAAUUGCUAGCUCAUCAAUUAUGUUUCCACUAGUAAUCAUCAAUUAUGUUUCCACUAGUAAUCCAGAUCCUUGUAUAACUGAAGAAGUCAGUACCGAAUUCUUAAAUUGUGAUAGGCGUUGUUUUAUGGGUUCAGUUGCAAUUCUGAACACAUUGAGAAAGACAUGGCAAAGAAAUAGCAAGAGAUGGUACACCUUGAAUCCCUUAUUAGAUUUCUGGGAUAGGAAUUUGAUGCCAAAAUGUUACAGUAGUUUCAAAAUUGUUUCCUGUUUGCGCCCUGUAGUGUUACAUGAGUUUCAAAGUUGUGCUUUGUCAAACUAAUCCUGCUUGUGCCAAAAUGUAUCUUGUUUGCAUUUUAGGGUCAACAAGGAGUGCCAACCUUUCCAGAUGCAUCAUAAAGUAAUGAUGCUACUGGUGGCAGCAAUGUAAAGCAUUUGUAUAUGAAAAUUUCAAGACUGCAGUGACUUUAAGUGUUAGUAGCAAAAAUGUCAUUUUUUAGUUAUUUUGUGUUUGAAUAUGGCAACUCAAGCUUUUAGAUACUCUUAGACAUGGUUGUAUGCUAUUUGGAUAUCAUUUUCUAUCAUUUUUUGGGGAUAGCAUUGGUGUAUUCUGUUUUUAAGUGGUGUAUUCUGUUUUUAGCA